GCUUUAUAUUAGUUUUUCAUUAAAAAGAAGCUCCUACAAUCCAACGAUGCACAUCGCAGUGCCUUUGUUGAUUUGUUUGAAUUCGUAAAACGUGAUAUCCUCGAGGUAAAGGUUUCACAUGUGGGCAUGCGACGGGAAAGUGGGUGAAGAAGACCUCUACAUCCAGACGCACUCUGCACCACCAGACGAGCGAGAGAGAGCGCGUUGAUCGAGCUGACCGGGCCUUCCGUAGAGUAGGACAGUUUCCCUUCUAAUUAAGCCUGCCCUGCUCCUCCACUUUAAGAGGACUGAACUGCAGUCGUGUCAAAUCAAGAGAUGCAUCUUGUUACAAUUUAGCUAUGCAUGAAAGACCGCCCAACAGGUACCUGAGAAGAGAAGAGAAGAGAAGGAGAAGAAGCUACUCUAUGAAUAUGAGCGGCUAAAUUGUUGAGUGGUUGCAAGAGAUGGUGAGGGGAAGGCGCCAGAUUCCGGCGUUUGGCAACUGGGAUUAUUCCGACGGUCUCCCCAUCAUUCAGCGCUUUGAAUCAACAGAUGGAGAGCUUGUCCAGUAUGAAGCAGCGGCAGCCCCGGUGAAACCCGUCGUCUACCAAAAGAAGGUGAGGAAGGAAGAACGCGGUGAAGAGGGGAAGCAGCGAGCGUGUGAAGCGAGAGUGGCGACAGAGAGGAUGCCUAGGAGAGCUCCCAAGGCCGUGGACGAGGAUCUCUACAAGAUCCCACCUGAGCUCAUCUGCCGAAAGCCAAAGAGGGCAUCGUAAACUAAACUCAUGAACACUUAAUAACUAACCAUGGUCGACUUCACCGAUCUUGAACUGUUUUGUUUUUUUCUUUGGUGUGUCUGAGUGGACGCAGAAUUGGAGACUGUGGCCACCUUGUCUGGGCCUCAGCUGUGUUGCCUAGCAGAUUUGUAUGACGAGUGUCAUGAUCGUUUCUUGCUUCUGCAUUCAGUUUCCUGUGCGUCAGACAGUCAUUUCAUCUCGACAGCAGGGAGGAACAUCUCUUUGGUGUAUUUUGCUAUAGUGAUGGUGCUGGUUUUCCCUGUGACUUCCCCAAUUAUUUAAAAGUGUACUGGAACUCUUUGAUCUUUUUCUCUGAUUAAGCGCCAGUUUUCUCUUGCAA